AUGUCUGCCAACACAACCGGUUCUACGCUGGUCUGGCUCAUUACUGGCACAUCCUCUGGCAUCGGAUACGAACUCGCUCUGGCCGCCCUUCAACGCGGUGACAAAGUUAUCGCCACCACCCGACAGCGCUCAUUCUCCCAGCUCCAAGCUGACCCAGAGCUGAAGAAGUUCGGUACACAAUUGGAGGUUCUGAAAUUGGAUGUUAUUGACCCGUUGGAUGAGCUGAAGGCAUGUGCGGAAAAGGCGAUGGGUUUUUGGGGCAGGGUGGACGUGGUCGUGAACAAUGCAGGCUCGUUCAUUGCGGUAGGCGCUUUGGAAGAGAUCACACCGGAGGAGACGUUCGCUCAGUUCAAUGCUUCACUGUUUGGGGGGCUGAACGUCGCAAGGGCCUUUCUACCCUACAUGCGAAAGCAGCGAUCCGGUAAAAUCGUGUGGAUAGGCUCGCUGACAGGUUGGCAGGGAGGCGACACCCUCGGGAUGUAUGCUGGAGUGAAACACGCUAUGCGAGGCAUCUCAGAGUCCAUGGACGCGGAAAUAUCACCGUUUGGCUUACGCUCUCUCUGUAUCGAGCCGGGAUACUUCAGAACGAAACUCAUUGAUGCUGCUAAUCGGGCUCCAUACGUGAGUCGCAUUGAAGACUAUCAAGAGAUAAUCAGCGCGAAAGACGAGAUAUUCAAGAGUGAGUACUUCGACCUCUACUACAAAGUCUUCGACCCACGUCAACAUCAUGUCUCCAUCGAACUCUCUGGGAAUCAACGUGGCUCCACCCCAAAGCUCUGUUAUCUCAUCGUAGACAUAAUUCGCUCGGAAGGUCUCGCAGCCGACAAACCCAUACCACGUUCAGGCUCGCUCCAGAUUGGCAGUGAUUGUUAUGAGGUCGUCAAAGAGAAGUGUCAGGAGACUCUAGAGUGCUUGGAGGUUUGGAAGGAGGUCAUCACGGGAACUGAUUUUGUUGAGACUGAAGUAUGA